UUGAAGAUGAAAACACGUUUUUUCAGCAAAUAAGAGAACAAACGACUCAAUUAGAUUUUUGAUUUAUUUAUCGAGUAUUUCAUUGAAUUUUCAAUAUUUUUCACAAAAAUAACUAUUUAAGCAACGAAAACAAGUGAAUGGAAUGGAAUCAUAAGUUUCCGUGCGAUAAAAUAAGAAACAAAAAAAGACAGGCCACUAACACUGCAUCAAGUAAUAGUGUUAAUAAUAGUCUGGUAUCUGAUUCGGAAAUUAUGGAAAGGUCAAACACCAAAAGCAGCCAUUUUUUCAUUGAUUCGUCCGAAAUCAAACAAGAGACGGACAUCAAAGAAGAACCACAGUCUGUUGGCGUUUUGAUUGACGUUCCUGCAAUGGAUAACCGCGAUGUUGGAGGUGUGUUUGAUUCCAAUGAAUAUCCCGUCGAAUAUGAUUUCGAACAUAUGAAUUUUGACGAGGUUAAGACCGAAGUGAAGACAGAGACCGAUGAAAAGAAGGAAGGAAAUUCGAAGAAGAGCGACGAUUUGGCAGACAAUCGAGAUGAUGGUCAUCAAAAUCCGAUGCAACAACCACAAGCUGAAGACAAUCCAAUACCGAUGGACAUUGGCAAUGAAGGGAAUAACGCAAAGAAACGAGGUGGGAGUGCCGAUCAAAAAAAGAUCGCAUCGAAGAAAUAUAAAUGUGACGUCUGCGAAUAUAAUGCAGUUUAUAAAUCACAAAUAAACAGACAUAUGGUCAAACAUACUGGCAAAAAGCCAUUCGGAUGCAAGUACUGCGCAAAACGUUUCACAACAAAGCGAACUCUCCAAAGCCACAAGAAAGCUCAUGUUAAAGAGUUUUUGUUUCAUUGCGAUGGUUGUUUGGAUGGAUUCGACGACAAAGAUGAAAAGGUCGAGCAUCAGGCCAAUUGCAAGGUAUUUCGUUAUGAAUGCCAUAUUUGCAAGCAAUCGUUUGGAUCGCUGAAGGUAAAUUUGAUUGUUCAUAUGCGUGUUCACAGCGGAAAUAAACCAUUUGAAUGCAAAGAAUGUUUGAAGCAAUUUGCAAGAAAGCAAAACCUAAAUGAGCAUAUGAUAUUGCAUGCUGAUUCAUCUUUGUUCCGCUGUUCGAGAUGUCGUCGAGUAUUUUUACAAAAGGACGAACAAAAAGUGCAUGAAGAAAAAUGCAAUGCAAAUGUCUAUGAAUGUUACAUUUGUGGUAAAUUAAUUGGACCGAAGAAGACGAAUUUGGAACAACAUAUGCGCGUACAUACUGGUGACAGACCAUUUCAAUGUCAACAUUGUUUGAAGCAAUUCAAACAGAAACACACUCUUGAUGUCCACAUGAAAUUGCAUACCAUGAAGCUGCCAUUCAAAUGUUCGAUUUGUCGUUAUGGUUUUACGAAGCAAACAAAAUGUAAAGCACACGAACGAACCUGUCGUUGGCGGUGUUAUCAUUGCCACAUUUGCAAGAAGUUCUUUGGAAGUAAAUCAAAUUUGGAAAAUCAUUUGCGAUCGCAUUCGGGCGACAAACCGUUCCAGUGUACGUUAUGCAGAAUUGGAUUCGCUGUAAAGUCAAACUUAACGAAGCACACGAAGAGCCGCAUCCACAAACGGAUUGAACGAAUCUAAAUCACAACAUCCAUCAUCGACGAAAUCAAAACAAUUUAUUUGAAUUUCAUAAAUUGUUCAAUUUAAUGUUCAUACUUCAGUGAAGUAACUUCACAUAUCAAUAUCAUCAUCUGAUUUGAAUUUUUAGGUUAAGCUGAAU